UGUAAGCCUGUUUGGGUUCACUCCGUCGGUCUUAAGAAGGGAGGAAAGGGGAGCAGUUCCAGAACAAAUUAAAAUGAUCAAUUAAACGUACAUGGUGAGCUCUACAAGCAGACAGCAACCACGUUUUUAGGGACAAUAUUCUGUUAAAGCGCGCAGCGCCUGGAGACAGCGUGGGAAUGGGACCAGAGAUAAAAGCAGACUUUCCACAGUUACUUAAAACGUUUAAAAGCAGGUUGAAAUCUUUGUCGGUUUUCUCGGACUGCUGACACCCGGUGAGAGCCUACAUGGACAGUAACUCGGUGUACCGAGGACAGGAGCGGGCGCAGCAGCCCGGGGAGCUUCUCCGUGAUGACCGGGACCAUGGCUCCGGUUUGUUCGGCUCCAUCAUCUGUGAAUUUUGCAGAAAACAACACAGUGGGUGCUGUCGUGCAGACGAUUCAUGUCCUACCAGGGGUGACCCUCAAGCUUGAGCUUAACCCUGACAACCCCUACAACCCAUUCAUCCUCGAGGGAAACCAGCUGAGAGCUGCAAUGGUGUUCGACUAUGAGACUGAAACUACUCAUGUAGCCUCGAUCCUCUGCACUGAAGCAGCCACAAGCCUCGAGCUAAACAUCAUCAUUGUUGUAUCUGUGACCAAUGUGAAUGAUAACCCUCCCGUCUUCAGUCAGAGUCUCUACCACAUCAGUGUCAAUGAGAUGACUCCUCAAGACACAAGCGUGGGCUUCUACCCUGCCACAGACUUAGAUGAUCAAACAAUCUACUAUACACUGACAUCUGAAUCUAAUGGCUUUAAACUGAAGUCGCCCACCAACCCGGAACUCCUUGUUCAGACGCCUCUCGACUAUGAUAAAGUCAAAAAUGUCAAACUGAUAUUAUCUGCACAGGAUACUCCAUUGGUACCAGCUAAUAGCAGGGCUUCAUUCACCGCCACCACCACCAUCAUGGUUACCAUCCUAGAUGUGGACAACAGACCACCGUGGUUCCAGCCCUGCAGCAUGCACGAGAAUGGGGGAGCUGUAAUUUGCCAGAGCACUGGUUACACCACCAGAGUCACCUUGAAUGAACAAGAGACAGGAGCGCUACCCCUGAAACCGGGACCACUGUACGCCAUCGAUGGAGAUUUUGGAAUAAAUGAGGGAAUAACAUACUCAUUCCUGGGCGGAGACGCUCAAGGUCUGUUUGAGAUCAAUCCGAUCACAGGGAACAUCACCAUGCUGAAGGCUGCUGAUGUGUUGGGGACAAUCAGUCUGACAGUUCUGGCUGCUCAGAAGAGAAACAUAUAUCAGUUUUCCACCACCACCGUCACAGUCAGUGUUCAGGUGAAGAGUCUCCACCAUCCACAGUUUCAGAAGCCUCUGUACGAAGGUGUCGUUACUGCAGUGGGCGUCAUGGCAGUGGACCCAACGAAUAAGGAUGAGCCACUGCGGAUCCUUGCUACUGAUGAUGACUACGCUGCCACUGGGGGCCUAAAUCCCCACAUCACUUACUACGUUAAUGGAAACAGUGAUUUCUCCAUCAUUGAUGGCUAUUUCUUCAUGACAAAGGAUCUCCCAGAGGCCACAUUAUCUUUGCAAGUGGUGGCAAUAGAUGAGUCUAACAACGAAUCAGCUACAGCUCAGCUCUCAGUGCAGGUGACUUCAGGUCUUACCACCACCAAUUUGCCUCUGAGCACUAUAGACAGUGUGGCCUCGACAUCCAUAGCAGAAUCCACCACCAACAACAUGAACACAGAAGAUACCUUGUCCACUACUGACUCCAGUGCGUCCACUAUCAGUGUCCUCUCAACCACCACCCCGAGCAUGACCAGUGAAAUCAUCAUCUCAACCACUAAUCCAAGUAUGACAAGUGAAGGAAGCGUUUCCACCACAAAUCCCAGUUUGACCAGUGAAGGAAGCAUCUCCACAGCCAGCACAGCUCACCCUCUCACAGUGAUCGUACCAUCAGGUGGCUUUGACACGAAGGACAUGGCAAUACUUGGUGCAACCCUGGGUGUCCUGCUGUUCACGUGUCUGGUGGUCAUAGUGGUGCUCGCCCUUCAAAUUCGGAGGGGGAAAGCAGCCUGGAGGAAAAUCUUUGAAGCCAGCAUGUUCCAAAGCUCGCUGGGUCAAGGUUCAGGUGGUCCCAAGGAGGGCAUCCAGUACACCAACAAGGCCUUCCAGAACGAUGAAGACGAAGGCAGCAUCGGCCCCGGCAGUCCAGUGGGGGGGGGGCUCAUGGCCGGUGGAGUCGCAAGGGACUUUGCACUCAGUGAGGCCAUCGUGAAGUCUACAGUACCGCUGCAUGCCCUCCUGCAUGACGACACCAGCCAGGCGGGCUCAGACAAGGCCGACAAUGAGAAGGAGGUGAAACCCAUCCUCACCAAGGAAAGACGCAUGGAUGAGGGGUACAAGUCUGUCUGGUUUAAGGAGGACAUCGACCCCAACGCCAAGGAGGAGGUGGUCAUUAUCCCAGACAGCAGGGAGGAUGAUAGCGAGGAGGAAGACGAGGAGCAGUCAUCCAGCGUCAGAGAGGAGGACGAGGACAACAGCCUGCAGACCCCAAAGGUCAUGUUUAAUGAUGCAGAUCUGGACAGUGGACUCGGGGUGAAGAUGGAGGACCCAGAAGAGGACUCGGAGGGUGAUGAAAUGUUGACUGUUGAUCUGUGAAAGGAGACGAGUACAUUGUGAGAAACACCCAUAAUAAAAUCUGAUUAUAAUUUAUCAGCAGUGGUGUAACACUCUACCUUAUUAGU